AUUCUCUGUUCCUUUCUAGGCAUGUUUUUCACAAAUCCUGUGUGGAUCCCUGGCUCGGUGAACACUGUACCUGUCCUAUGUGCAAACUUAAUAUUUUGAAAGCCCUAGGAAUUGUGCCAAAUCUGCCAUGUACUGAUAAUGUGGCAUUUGAUAUGGAAAGGCUCACCAGAACCCAAGCAGUUAACCGAAGAUCAGCCCUCGGAGACCUUGCCAGUGACAGUUCCCUUGGCCUUGAGCCACUGAGAACUUCGGGGAUAUCACCUCUUCCUCAAGAUGGGGAGCUCACUCCUCGAACGGGUGAAAUCAACAUUGCAGUAACAAGUGGACACGUCUUUCACCGGAACUCCCUGUCACCUCGUAGCCUAGUGUAUGAAAGCGAAUUCUCCACAAUCGAACCUUCUUUGGACAUGUAUGAUGAGAACAAAACCUGAUUUUUUUUAAAAUGGGCUAUUGGGGGUCUCUCCUUUUGAGAUUUGAUUUAUGGUCACCUUUAUUACUUUGUCAUCCUCUGUCAUCGUCCGUCUGGGAAGAAUGGCAGUACCUCUGGGUGCAAGUUGGGGUUCAGGGUUAAAUUACAGAGUUUCCCCAAGGUGAAGUUUGAGGGCAGCAUUACUGCCCAGGUGAGCCUCGUGGUACCACCCAGAGCUGACCACUGAGCAUGGGCACCUCAGGAGCUUUGCUGUUUCCAGAGAAGAAACCAGGGGCCAGGGGUUAAUGAUGCGUUUGUUGCAAAUGUGUCUGUGUCCCCAAAUAGUCACAUGCUGUUCUGUGUCAGGGUGGCAUGGGGGUUUUUGUAAAAUACAUUUUGUGGUCCUCACACACACAGGAAAGCCUGCAGAUAAAACGUCUCCCUGAUGCAGAGUAUG